AGGACGCGGCGUUCGGCAGCAGCAGCAGCAGCAGCAGCAGACGACGACGGCAGCACCGCAGCGGAUCACAAGUCACCGUGGGAACGCCCCUCCGGCCGCGCCCCGCCACGCCCCGCCACGCCCCGCCACACCCGGGGCGCGCGAGAGGAGGACAUCGGUGAAAUAUGAGCGAGCCGGGGCCAGCCGCACCGCGGGGACAACGGGAGGCAACGGCUGACGAGCAGCAGCGGUAGUCUACGGCGCCGGCCACAGAGCGCGCCGCCGACAGCGGCCCCCAGCAACACCGCCACCAGAGGAGCGAUCCCCAAGAGGGCCCCGCUGAUCAACCAGGUCGAAUGACGCGUGCGUCGAGCAAGCCGCUGACGCUGCCCGCCCCAAGCCGCGGGCCCGCCCCCCUCUGCAGAGGCCCCGCCCUGAGGGGCGCCGCCCCCAGGGGCCCCGCCGCCAGGAUGCAGCGCUACUACGCCGCCCCCACUAUGUCGCUGCGCCGCCCCCCGAUGGGGCACGCCCCCGGGCACGCUCCCGGCCCCAACGGCCCCGCCGGCCCCGGGCCGCACGCCAUGCUCGUGCUGCCGCCCCCGCUCGUGGACUCGUGCCCGGCCGACAAGUCGUCGCGGUCCUCGACGUGGACGUCGUACGGCGCGGGCUCGGCGCUCGGCUCGGCCAUCGGCUCCAGCAAGACCUUCUCGUCGGAGCUGGAGCGCGGCGAGCGCAUCAAGCCGGAGCGCGCCAACCGCCGCAACGCCGUUCAGAAAAUGCAGUGGCGCAGCUCACGCUGGGUCACGGGCUUCGCCGCCGGCGAGUAUCUGGGUGGCGGGCCGCACCAGGACGCCGAGCUGGACCACCGCAUCUCGUCCAUGACCAUCGCGGACGUGUCGCCGCGCUUCGCCGUCAAGAGGAUCCUGCUGCUCUACGAGAACCAGCAGCACCGGGAGGCGGCCAACUUCAUCAACCGCCUCAGCCACGGCACGUUCAAGGUGAUCGUCAACGACCUGCCCAUCGACCUGUUCGUCGAGUCCAUGCCCGCCUCGCUGUCCAUCCUGGAGGCGCUGUACGCCAAGGUGUUCCUGUCCGACGGGCUCGACUUCUCGCUCAAGCUGCUGCGGCCCGAGGCCGUCGUCAUGCAGAUGGUCCGCCUGUUCGCCGGCAGCGACGCCAACAACUCGUGGCAGCUGUGCGGGCCCUUCGUCACCUCCUGCAAGAAGCUGCUCAAGGUGAUCGUGCUGUCCGAGCCCAAGAUCCGCAAGAUGCUGCAGGCGCGGCGGCGCGCGCUCGACAAGGCGAUCGAGGGCCUGGGGCAGCACGGCUUGGUGGGCACGUCCGACGAGACGCUCAUGAACCUGCACGACGCCCUCAAGGUGGAGUUCUCGCGCGUCGUCGAGACGUACAAGGGCGCCAUGCAGAAGCUGGAGGACCUGAGCCUGGCCGGGCAGAACGCCGCCACCGGCAUCAACAGGGGCCCCGCCCCCGUGCAGGCGUCGCACCAGCGGCAGCUCUCCCUGCGGCAGCCAGAAAUACAGGAGCGGCUGAUUAAGAACAAGACCCUGCUCAACGUGGUGGAGCCCACCAUGGGCAACCACUCGCUCGACAUCCUGCUGGGCAUCCUGCAGCGGCGCAUCGAGUGCGACAAGGACGCGCUGUUCCAGUUCACGACGCUCAAGCGCGAGGCGCGCUCCGGCGUCACCGCCAACGACAUCGUGGCGCCCGUGCUCAUGCGCUUCAGCCACGGCUGCGACCAGGUGCUCGAGCUCAUGAAGGAGGUGACGGAGGACGACGAGGACUCGAGCGACAUCUCCGGCUACCACUCGGACUCGGACUCGGCCAUCAUGAUGUCGGGCAACUCGCCGUACGUCAGCAAGCGCGCCCGCUACAACUUCCUCACGCGCUCCGUCCGCUCCUCCAGCAAGUGCUCCCGCCUGAGCGUGCUGGGCGGCGCGCUGAGCGGCACGCUGGGCCCGCUCGGCCCCAAGCUCUCCACGUCCUCCGGCGUGUCCUCCGGGCUCUCCUCGGGCGGCAGCGUCCCGGACAGCUCCGAGUGCGUCGAGUGCACGGCGCGCGGCGGCGGCGCGAGCAGCGGCUCCGGGUCCGCGUCGUCCAGCGAGGAGGCCCUGUCGUCGUCGUCGCCGACCCCGCCCACGGCGUCCCUGGCGGCCGGCAGCCACGCGCCGCAGCGGCUGCGCCACCUCAAGCACAAGAAGGACCUGCUCAAGAGCAACUCGGUGCCCGGAUCGGCGCUGGGCGGCGGGUCGCGGGCCAGCAGCGCCGUGCCCUGCUGCCAGGGCUGCCAGCCGCGCGCCGUGCUGCAGGUGCUGCCGCCCAGCGGCGAGCGCGAGGCCCGCGAGGCCCGCGAGGCGGCCCGCCUGCGCGCCGAGGUGGACACGCUGCGCUCGGAGCUCGCCGUCGCCAAGACCCGACUCACCGCCGCCGAGGAGACGAGCAGACCUAGCAGCCUCCCCCCUGCAGGCUCCGACGAGCUGGGCGCCGAGCGCCUCGUGGCGUGCUAUGCCAACCUGUACUCGCAGGCGCGGGUCGACACCCUGGACGCGCUCGACGCGCUACCCGCGCUGCGGGACGCCACCGAACUUAAGUCUAAGAUCUUGUUUUCUGUCGUUGUGCUCGCCUUCCGUUCCGCCCAGAGCCUGCUCGCCCUCAAGAAGGACCACAUUCGCCGCAUCCUGCACCUGCCGCCCCCGUCGGCGCCCGCCGCGGACCAGCAGAAGGACCCCGCGAGCACGGCGGCGGCCCAGGAGCUCGAGCAGCACGUGUCGACCUACCUGCGCAGGACGGUGGACACCUUCGACCUCACCAAAAGCAUAGACGAGGUUUGCAGCCAAAUUUGGGCCACGCUGUACGACUACCCGAGCCUCAAGGCGUGCACGGGGCUCUUGCAGUACGUGCGAGACUCCAUGCGCUUGGCGUGGGCCCUCGUCAACCAGAAUCCUACGUACGUGCUCGAGUACGAGCAGCGCCACUUUCGACGAGACGUCCACGUGCGCUUCCACUCUUCCAACCCCGACAGCGAGGCCAUCCGCACCUACCUGUGGCCCGCCCUACUCGAGGGCGCCGGCGGGCCCUGCGUCCACAAGGCCGUCGUGCUCACGUAGGGAGACGGGUCGGAGACGCGCGCCCAGCCCAGACCGACGUGCCGGGUGAGGCGGCGGCGGAGUGUUCGCCACGCGAGCUACGCCCCGUAGCCGGUGCCCGAACAGCGGCCGCAGCGCGGGGGCACCCUGGAACACCCCGGCUAUAGCAGUGCGCAUAGCUGGCGUGCUGACCCGGUGCACCCCCCCUGGCCCCCCGGACUCCGCUCCUCCUCGCCCCGGGCCGCCCGGGCCGACGGCCUGCCCCCGGUCGCCGCCGCCGCAUCAGCCGGCGCAAGGAAUGUCAGCAUUUGCAACACAAAAUGCCAGCCACAGUUCCUGAGCGCGAGAGGCCUGCCGCCGGCCCGCCCGGCCACCCGGCCGCCGGACCCGCGCACCGCCCCUCCUGGAGCCGCCUAGAGCCAAACUUGAAAGACUUGUAACUAAAGUGCUGCGGUUGAUACUUACUACUCCUUGAUUAUUAAACGGGCAGGCCGCCCACCGCAGCCAUAUUGUGGCGCCCGCCCUCACGCUCAGGCGAUGCUCGUCGGAGUAUCGUGCGAAGUGCACCGCAUAGUAGUGUUCGCCCCGGUGCCAUCUGUACAGCCGUAGCCUUACAGGAGCGUCGACGGUGGGAAGAGAGUUCUCAUUCAAAGUGGAUCGCCACUUUGUAUUUACACGACACCACCCACUCGUCCGGCUUCCCACAUCCGUCGAAUCGCUCUGAGUAUAUUCUUCCCACUUUUAUAUUGUAUUUUCCCAUGUGAUUUUUUUGGUUUAUAAAAUAAAUGUAAUUUAUUCCAA